UCGACCCCAAAUCCCGAUCCCGGCUCCGAUGGAUCCCCCGAUUCCCGAGGAAAUCCUGGAGCUCCUGGAAGCCUCCGAGGAUUUCCUGGCUCGGGAUCUGCGGGAGGAGCUCCUGGACGCGGCUCUGGGGGAGCGUCGGGCGCGGCUCCUGCUCGGCUUCCGCCGCCUCAAAUCCCGGUACCACCUGGAAUUCCCUUCCCGAGGGGAGGAGCAGCGCCGCGGCCCCGACGGAAAUCCCGUCCGGAAUUCUGGUCCUUUCCCGCGUUCCGAGGCGGAAUUCCCGACAGAAUUCCGGGAUGAGG